AAGAAGAGAGAGAAAAGAGAGAGAGAUUUAGCUAUGUCUGAUGAAGAACACCAUUUUGAGUCCAAAGCUGAUGCUGGUGCCUCAAAAACUUACCCUCAACAAGCUGGUACUAUUCGCAAGAGUGGUUAUAUAGUUAUCAAAGGCAGACCUUGCAAGGUUGUUGAGGUCUCCACUUCCAAAACUGGCAAGCACGGACAUGCAAAAUGUCACUUUGUGGCAAUCGACAUUUUCAAUGGAAAGAAGCUUGAAGAUAUUGUUCCUUCAUCCCACAAUUGUGAUGUGCCACAUGUCAAUCGUACUGACUAUCAACUGAUUGACAUCUCUGAAGAUGGUUUUGUGUCUCUUCUUACUGAAAAUGGAAACACCAAAGAUGACCUCAGACUUCCCACCGAUGACGCCCUGUUGAACCAGGUUAAAGGUGGAUUUGAGGAAGGAAAGGAUCUCGUGUUGUCUGUGAUGUCUGCAAUGGGUGAAGAGCAGAUCUGUGCUGUGAAGGACAUUGGUACCAAGAGCUAGUUGCGCUCAUUCUGCAGCAUAAAUAAUUGCUUUUUAGCCAAGACGCUUUAUAUCUUGUUAUCGUGGUACUUUGCAAUCCGUUUUAUCGUGAAAACGCCUUAUAUCU